AUGGCUGACCUCUCUCCCGGCCAGGUAGUCAGCUUGCUGGACGGCCGUCAAGCCACGGUCCGCUUCGUCGGAUCGACUCAUUUCGCGCCAGGAGAUUGGAUUGGAGUCGAACUCGAUGAACCCACUGGAAAGAAUGACGGGUCUGUGCAGGGGGAGCGGCAGGUCCCAGAGCGGCUCUGUGUCAGGGUCCAGCGCGUUAAAGAGAACAAGUGGAACAGCACCCAAGCGCCCGAGCGUGAGCGCGGCCAGCGCCUCGCCCGCUGCAAAAGUCGCUCCCGCAACGCGGAACGGUCUCAAAGUAAGCUGGCCAAGCCGGGCGUUCCUGGCACGGGCUCCACAGGCGCGGGACCGGCGAAGCGUCUUUCCCUGCGGCAGACUGCUGCGAAAGGGCCAUCAGAAGAAACAGAGAGUCGUGCAAGCGCUCCGUCUGAUGCGAGUCCUGAAAUUGGAUCUCCGCGGGACGCUGAAGGGGAGGCCGAGGGAGAUGCCGCGGCGCCCUCUGAGGUCACGACCAAGCAGCCCAAAGCAGCUUCGUCUCGCCCAGGCCUCUCCUCAACGUCGUCGCAACGGAGUUCGCAGCAAAGCGCAGCGCUUGCUAGGGAGUUGGAGGACCUAAAAACCAAAUUGAAGGUGAUGGAAAAGAAGAGAGCCGAGGACCGGGAGAAGCUGAAGACCCUUGAGACGCUCCAGGCUGAGAGGGACAAGUUCGAGGGAGUCAUUCAGAAACUGCAGGCGAAAUAUCAGCCACAACAGGCCGAGCUGACUGAGUUACGCAAGAAAUUACGGGAGGCAGAAACAAAGCUCGAGGAGGCAGAAAAGCAGCAGGCAGAGCAUGAAUCUAUACUUGAAAUAGCAACUCUCGACCGGGAGAUGGCCGAAGAAACGGCAGAGGCCUAUAAAGUGGAGUUGCAGACCUUGAAACUGAGACUCGAGGAGCUCGAGUUGGAGGUAGAGGUCCUCCGCGAAGAAAAUGAAGAGCUGAGUCAAGUGAUGGGCCCGGAAGAGAAGUCAAGUCAGGGAUGGCUGCAGAUGGAGAAGACCAACGAGCGGCUUCGAGAGGCCUUGAUUCGCCUGCGUGAUAUGACCCAACAAACGGAAGCGGAGCUCCGAGAUCAGAUCAAGGAACUGCAGGAUGAUUUGGAGGAGUACUCGACCGUAAAGGCCCAAUACGAAGCCACUAAGGAGAAGCUAUUGGCUGCUGAAUCCAAUGUCGAGGACCUCAAACAACAGCUUGAGACCGCUCUGGGCGCUGAAGAAAUGAUUGAAGAGCUCGCAGACAAGAACAUGCGAUAUCAGGAAGAAAUCAACGAACUUAAAGCCGCCAUCGAGGACCUGGAGAGCUUGAAGGAAAUCAACGAUGAAUUGGAGCUGAACCAUAUCGAGGUAGAGAAGCAGUUGCAGGAAGAACUCGACUAUAGAGAGGCCCUCUACAACGAGCAGUCCCGUAAGGUCGCUCAGCAGGAUGAGAUCAUCGAGGAUCUGGAAUACACGCUGGCUCGUUUCCGCGAACUGGUCGCCAAUCUGCAAAGUGACUUGGAGGAUAUGCGAGCGUCUCAACAGAUCACGGAAACCGAAGCCAACGAGCUAUCGAUGCGAUCAAGAGCAAUGAUGGACCUCAACUUGAAACUCCAGGCGUCCGUUGAGAAGUCACAGGCGAAAACGAUUGACAUGGAGUUGAGCCGUAUGGAGGCGGAGGAGUCGGCUCAGCAUCUGUCCAUCGUGCAGCUCUACCUCCCAGAGUAUUUCGACGGCGAGAAGAACUCCAUUCUUGCCCUUCUUCGAGUCAAACGCGUCGGUUUCAAGGCGACUCUGAUGAACAAUACGAUCCGGGAACGACUGGCGGAUCAAAGCAGUUUCCAAACCGUCCAGGAAAAUGCUUUUGCAUCGUACGAUGUUCUCGAGAAACUGCUGUGGAUUUCAUGUGUCUGCGAUCGGUUCGUCCAGUUUGUGACCUCGUGCACCCCCGAACAAUUUGCUACCUUUGAACGCGCUUUGUAUGAGCUCGAACCGGUGGAGCGCACGCUGAAUUCGUGGAUCGAUGCUUUGAAGAAAAAUGAAAUCAACGAGAAGAAAUGCGCCGUUGAACUGCAGAGAUCCAUUGCUCUCAUGACACAUCUCGCAGAGACGCUCAUUCCGGUCGAGCUGGCGACAUAUGCCGACGAGAUCUACAUGCGCGCGGUGUUGAUCCAGGCUUAUCUGGAACACACAGCCUCAGCCCUAUCCCGACUCAAGUCUUACCUGCAAGCAAAGCUCCCCGCACCGGCUGAGGAUGAUGAGGAGGGUUUGUUUCUUUUCAACAAGACGGACGCACUGGUUAACCAGGCUCGGGGUCUGAAGGUGGUGAUCACCAAAGUGAUUCGAUCUCUUGACGAAUUGAAAUCCAGAGCUCUCUCGUUGUCUGGUGAUGCGGCUGGACCGUUUGAAACUACCGAAGAGGCAGCCAAGGCUCUCUCUGAGUUGGCGCGUCAACUCGGCGAAAAUAUCGUCCUUCUGCUGAGCGAAGAAGGCCGUACGGAGCCGUUUACUUAUCCUGAAAUCUUACAAAACAUGUCGCAAACGGCGUUAUCCCUGGUUCAAGCUCCCGCUACGGACGGUGAGGGCAACGAUGCGCUUUCCAUACUGAGUGGAAAACUGCGUUCUCUGACCGGUCAGCUGGAGGAGCUCAGCACGCAUUCCUCUGAUCUAUCUCAUACUGCCGAGUUUGAGAGAGGUCGCUUCCCCUGGAUUCUCCGCGCGGAGGAGCUCAAAUCCAACAAGACGAUAUCUCCGGAUGCUGAUGAGGAGAUCCGUCGGUUGAAGAAUGAGCUGAGUGAAGCGUCGACCGCUCUCGGGGUUAAAGACAAGACCCUGGAGGAACAGUCGAUGAAAGUCGAACUGUUGGAAGCGCGGAUGCGUGAUGCCAACAAGAAAGCUGCUCUGGCCAAGGAAUUUGAGAGUAAAUUCCAGCAGAUGCAGGAGAAAGAGACGCAGCUCCAGGAAUCCGUGGAGAAGUUGACGAAGGAUCUGCGGGCCAUGGAGGCCGAGCGGGACGAUUACAAGUCGCGUUUCGAGCGAGCCAAGAGAGCAUCUGGCACAGCAAGCGCUGCCAAUGGAGGCGUCGUUGUGGACAGCGAGGCAACCUUGGCCGCUAUGCGCGAGAACGAGGCGCUCCGCGCCGAAGUCAGCAGUCUCCAGGCAGCUGUACGGUUCCUGCGCGAAGAGAACCGGCGCGCCAACAUGCUCGAUCCAUACUCUGUGCAGAGAUCCGUCAACAUGUACUCGUGGCUGGACGCACCGCUCACUCAAGGCAAGCCAAGCGCGCUAGAGGAAGCGCGAUACAACCGAGCGGCCGAAAGCAGAGACGUGUUUGCGCAUCUGCUGAAAUUGACCAAGGAGACGCCGGUUGCGGAUCUUCAGUCGACGCUUCCGCAGGACGGCACCAACCGUCUCGUGUGGCGGCCUACCAAGUCGACGUUCAAAUACCAGGUGCUUCAGCAGCGGGAGCGCUUCGAGCGCUGGGCGGAAUGGCGCGACGACGUCGCAAGCCGCGAAAGGGAAGACGAGCGCAUGAUGGCCGCCAAGCGACAACGGGCCCUCCGCGAGCAGGAGGAGCGGAGACAGGCGCAGCAAUCAUCUACAUCGGCCUCUCAUCGCCGCAACACCCACGCCAAGACUCCAUCCGUGAGUCUGGGCGGUUACGGGAUGAUGGGUCGGGCAUGGCGGAUCCUGGGUAUGCAGCAGGAGAUGGAUGGUGGUAAGGAAGUGACUGAAGAGCCGGGCAAAGUCCAGAUUGUGUCGUAG